UCAAGAGGCCGAGGGUCAUAUAACAUGGAAAAUGGAAUGGGAGCUCAAAAAGCUCACAGAGGCCACUGCUUGAUAUUACCAUACCCACUUCAAGGCCAUGUAAACCCUCUCCUACAAUUCUCUAAGCGUUUACAGUUUAAGGGAGUUAGAAUCACAAUUGCAGCUACAAUUUCCUUCUUCAAUCGCAUAAAAGAUGCUACGAGUUUAUUUCCGUUAGGAAUGAUCUCGGAUGGAUUUGAUGAAGGAGGAGCGAAUCAGGCUGAGAGUAUUGAAGCCUACUUAAAAAAGUUCCAACAGGUUGGUUCAGAAACUUUAGGAGAGCUGCUUGAAAAGCUUCGGGAUUCAGGUUCUCCAGUUGAUUGCGUUGUCUAUGAUGCAGUUCUUCCGUGGGCUCUUGAUGUUGCCAAGAAGAAUGGAGUCUUUGGAGCUGCUUUCUUCACCCAAUCGUGCGCUGUAGACAACAUUUACUACCAUGUUUAUAAAGGGAUUGUAAAGGUUCCUGUUGAAGAGACUAGAAUCGCAAUUCCUGGAUUACCUGAUCUCGAGCCUGCUGAUUUGCCCUCCUUUGUUACCAAGCCUGAAACUUACCCAGCAAUUGUUGAAAUGAUUAGAAAUCAGUUCAUCGAUAUUGAUACAGCAGACUGGGUACUUUUCAACACGUUUUACAAGUUGGAAGAAGAGGUCAUUGACUGGAUGAAGGGACUGUGGCCGGUGAGGCCAAUUGGACCAACAGUACCUUCCAUGUACUUAGACAAGAGGGUCCAAGACGACAAGGAUUAUGGUCUCAACGUCUUCAAGCCAAUGGCUGAAGCUUGCACAAAAUGGUUGGAGGGAAAAGCAAGCAAAUCUGUAGUUUAUGUCUCGUUUGGAAGUCUAGCCUCACUUGAUGCCGAGGGAAUGGCAGAGUUGGCAUGGGGAUUAAAAAUGACAGGGAAAUAUUUCUUGUGGGUAGUAAGAGCUUCAUAGGAAUCAAAACUGCCAAAAGAUUUCAUUAACGAAACAUCAGAGAAAGGAUUGAUAGUUUCAAGGUGCCCGCAGCUGGAAGUUUUAGCAGACAAAUCUAUUGGUUGUUUUGUCACGCACUGUGGAUGGAACUCAACUUUGGAGGCACUAAGUUUGGGUGUUCCAAUGGUUGGAAUGCCACAAUGGACAGACCAACCCACCAAUGCUAAGUAUGCGACGGAUGUUUGGAAAAUGGGAGUCAAAGCUGAACCAGAUGAGAAGGGGAUAGUGACAAAAGAAGAGAUAGAGAACUGCAUUAGACAAGUCAUGGAGGGAGAGAGAGGAGAGGAGAUUACUAGAAAUGCCAAGAAAUGGGUGGAAUUGACAAGGGAUGCAGUUGAUGAGGGUGGGACCUCUGACAAAAACAUUGACGAAUUUGUGUCCAAAUUG